AUGCUGAGCUUCACUGAAUACACUUUACAGGACCUCCACGGGCACAAGGAUUAUCGCUCGACCUAUCUCUGUUAUACGAACUACGUUUGUACCUGUCGGGAACAGGAUGAUGAGCAGGCUUUGAGACUGGAUUACACGGAGGAGUUCAGAGCCGCCUGCAAGAAUGAGUACAAUGUUAUAAUUACAAACAAAGUUCCGGAAGCAGUGCGAGCAGGAGCAGCGGACUUGCUUACCGGCGAGAUCGACCACCAAGUAGAAGCUGCUAAGGAGGAGCUUGGUCACAGCAGAUCCGCUACGACACGGCCGCUACAUGAAUCAUCCGCAAAUGCCCUUCCUCCCCUGAGUUCUAGUUCAGAGACCACGCAGUACGAUCACGCGCAGCAGUCAGACGAGCCUAACCAAAGCGAUGGUUCGACUGACAGAUUCCACGAGGAGAACCAACCUGAAGUUGACUUGACCGAGGAAGAGAUCACACGCGCCAAGGCCACCCCCUUCUACGACCUCAUCCUACAUAUCUUCAAGAAGACACGCGGAGAGGUGACGACACUCCCUGAUUUCCCGACGUCUAUUUCAUCUUUGAAUCACAAGGAGAUGGCCAAGUACGCGUACAAAGACCUGGACAAGUCUAGCAAUGUUAGCAAGGACAUAAUCAAUGGGAUUUACACUUCAUCAACGAUCAAAUUCGAGUCGCUUCUUCCUUGGCUCUCGCCGAGGAUGUCAACGGUGGAGGCAUUGCUAUCGGACCUGUUGUCGGCGUUGUGCCCUGGCAUAAAAGAAGACCCCUAUGCAGAGCCAAGUCUCCUGGAUUUGCAGCUGAAGGUCUGGGAGCUGCUUUCGCAGUUCGCGAAACUGACAGUGAGAGACAAGGAACAAAAGGCUGUUCACGCAGCUCUCAUGACCAUGAGCCACAUUUGUUCAUUGCUGGCGAUAGGACAGCUCGAACCUCCGACGUCAGAGCAUGUCUAUGUCUCUGCUUGGACACAAAUUUUUAACACACUCUUUCACGGUUCCAAAGUCAGAGCCAUCCCAGGAGAACUGAUGUCGACAGCAGCCAAAAAUUGCCGCUUGCUAAUCGAGGAUGAGUUUGGCCAGACGAACAAGUACAUUUGCGGAAGGAAGGUGGACAUGAGCAUUCGAGUGUAUGCUGAUCAUACUUGGGACAACGAGAUUUGCGUCUUCGAGUUCAAGUCAAGCAACGCCUCGGAAGCUCUUUGUCGACAGCAGCAGCGAAAGUCCGUUCGCCUCAAUGGUGCUAUCCUUUUGGACCUAGAGAAAAGGGGACUGGACAUCACGAAGAGCUAUCCCGUCAUCGCAGAGGGACGGGGCCUAGUCGUGGACUUCUACACUUUGCGUCGCUACGAGGACAUUCUUGGAGCAGGCCGUUCUACGAUGUCUAGUGUUUGGCUCCCAUCUCAUGUAUCUCAGCUCAAGCCUUUCCUGAAGUCUAAUUCGCUCCACGUGUUGUUGGAAUUUGCUGGUUAUCCUGAGUCAGAGAAUUCGGAAAUUCCCUACGAGAACUUCGACUCGAAAAAAGCCAUCUCGCUGUAUUACCAGAGAAUCAACAAAAAGAACCCACAUCGGGGAGCUGUGUUACGUGUUUCGAUCAAAAAGUCCAAACCGAAGGGCGACAGAGUCUCAUCUGGAAUUCAGAAGAAAUCACUUGCAGAUCUCGACAAGAAUGGUCUCGUGCGGUCUAUGAACUGGCGCCACCCAACGUCUUCUUUGGAGAUUGGCACAGUGCGUGCGAACGUCAGACGCGCGGUGAUGGACGGAGUUGCCGGUACUGACGCUCUUACCAAGGAGCGUCAGGAGGUAGUCGAUUGUUUCCAGGAGGCCCCACGGCUGGCUGCGGGCGUGAAGCUGGACAAUCCUGCGAAUAUCGAUAAGGAUGAGGAGGAUGCCGGCGGCAUCAAGGAGAACGACGACUCCGAUGUCGCGAACAGGCAGGACAAGGAGUUCCACUUCUUAAUCUCUUUCCUGACGUAUCUCUAUUCAGGAAAUUACCCGAAGGAGAACUCCAAGGCAGGCGGCGUUGCUAAUCAGCUUGUUGUCUGGUUGGUGAAGGACGGGAUACAUGAUCCAUUUCGGGCGCGCAGGGAACUUCAGGAAACCGCACCAUUCACACCGACGUAUUUGGUCCGAUCUGUGUCUGGUCAGCUGGCUGUCGAGCUGAGGCGAGUGUAUGGGCAUAGGAGCCGUGAUCUCCACGAUAAGCUCAAGGUCAUGAAGGACAAGGGCAUAGUAAGAGGAGAUGUCGACAUUCAAAUUCGACCAGAUGUUUCCGCCGUCGAGAACUUUCCCUACUUGAACAAACUCACGGGAAACAGCCGUCGGAUUGGAGAUUGCAGCCUUUUCUGGAAGCGUACAUCGCUGAAAGAAAGAUUGGUGCGGGUGGGCGAGUUGGAUAACUCGACCAUCACCUCAGUGAACGACCUUGACACAUGGAUAGCAGGAAAAGAGCCCGGUUAUAUCAUCAAGAACUUUGUCGCCGACGUCGCCCCUCAAGGUCUCACAAGUCGACAGCGGAAGCAAGCAGAUCAUCGAUCUGCGGUCAAGCUGUGGUCCUUGGAUCAGAUCCGGAGUCACUUGGUGGAUGUCCAGAAUGAAUGGCUCGACCCCAUUACCUAUGCCACGAAGGGAUAUGUCCUCCGAGGCUCUCUAAAGACCGACGGGUUCAGGAUACAGUUGUUGGCAUUCAAGCUUCGAGAGCUUCAGGAUGUUCGAUUUCGCCGUAUCGCAGAGGACAGGCUGCCCUCAAGAUUGACUUCGACUGUUGGCGGAAUCGAUUACUUCCUGCCCGAGAUCAGGAAUGUCAUUACCAGCAAGGACGACGUCACCAAAUAUUGGCCAGGAGUUCAACCCGAAGAGAUCAAGGCGUUGACUUUGGACGGUGGAAGGCAUCAACAGACAACAACCUCGCCUCUGGUGUCAACAAGGGCGGUGUUUCACAAUCUGACGGUGAAACAAAAGGCGGUGUAUCAACCAACAUUCCGCUUCCGUCGGUGGCUGGAGGGCGAGAAGCAGGCAUUGCUGGAUGUGGGUGAGGAACACCGAACGAUUGCAAGAAUCGAGACUGAACUUCCGCCUUUGAAAGGCGAGGGGGCGAGUGUGAUCAACUACACUGCAGAGCUGAGGCGAGUCGAGGAGAGACUAUUGAAGUUCUAUGCGGGCCUAGACCAGCUGUACAAACGCCACAAGUGGGACAAGGAGCGUGCCCGUCAGUAUGAGUACCAAUUACUUGCCGACCGCCUCCUUGGUAUCGUUGGAGGAAGUAUUGGGCGUCGAUAUGAUCCAGUAAACCCUGUCUUGAUUGGAGUAGGACUGGGCAAGUUCUCGAUUAGGAGUGGACUCUCCUCUCUUGACUCCACUUUCCUAUCUUUUUUUGUGCAGAAGGCACGGUCGUUGGGUUACCUGGUCGUUGGACUCAAUGGGUAUUAUACGAGCAAGAAAUGUCCUCACUGUGGGCUAUUCGUCGCCCAGGUCACCCUCCGCCGUUUCUUUUGCCCAACCUGCCACGUUUGUCACCACCGUGACGUUAUGGCGGCUGAGAACAAGGCCAACCUUGUGCGAGGAUAUCUUGAGAAGCAGCAGCGUCCAGAGCACCUCCAGCCUGUGGCUCCGGACGGAUCUCUUCCUUGGAUGGCUAGUGCCGGCGCAGGAUCAGAACACUCUCGAACACAACCCCUGGAAGCGGCAGCAGCGGGAGCACUGGCACAAUGA